AUGGAGAACUAUGAGCGCCUCGAAAAGGUCGGAGAAGGGACAUACGGCAGCGUCUACCGCUGCAGGCAGGUCCACACCGGCACGAUCGUCGCGCUGAAGAAGAUCCGGCUCGAGGAGGAGGACGAGGGCGUGCCGAGCACUGCGUUGCGCGAGGUCAGCGUCUUGAUGGAGCUGGGCCAGAGCACGCACGAGGGGGCCAAGUGCAUCGUCAAGCUCCUCGAUGUCAUCCACGUCGACGAGUCCCUCUCGCUCGUCUUCGAGUUCCUCGACCUCGACCUGAAAAAGUACAUGGACGUCGCGGCGCUCGCAGCACAGCAGGCCAGCAGCGCGCAGACUGGGACGGUCGACGAGGAGGGCAACUGGAGCAUGCCGAUGCCGCAGCAGGUCUUGCCGCACAAUGUCAAGGGGAAGGGGAGGUCGAAAAGGGGUCUGCCGGCGGACCUCGUUGCGAAAUUCAUGUCGCAACUCCUCCUCGGGCUCGCACACCUUCAUUCCCGCCGCAUCCUCCACCGCGACCUUAAGCCGCAGAACCUCCUCAUCGACAAGCAGGGCAACCUCAAGAUCGCCGACUUUGGUUUGGCGAGGGCGUUUGGCGUACCACUACGGACGUACACGCACGAGAUCAUCACGCUCUGGUACCGACCACUCGAGGUGCUGCUCGGCGGCCGGCACUACACGACUGGCGUCGACGUCUGGAGCUGCGCGACCAUCUUUGCCGAGAUGUCGACGGGCCUGCCUCUCGUGCCAGGAGACUCGGAAAUCGACCAGAUCUUCAAGAUCUUCCGCCUGAUGGGCACGCCCACGGAGCAGACGUGGCCCGGCCUCAAGCAGAUGCCCGACUACAAGGCUUCGUUCCCUCAGUGGCGCGCGACCGAUCUCCGCCAGCUCUUGCCCGAGAUGGACGACCGAGCGCUGCACCUCCUCAACGGCAUGCUCCAGAUCGACCCGGAGAAGCGGAUCUCGGCCAAACAAGCCCUUCGACACCAUUACUUUCAGGCUCGCCCUCCCGCUCCCUCUCCACACCCCGUCUCGCCCCUCUCGCAACCUCUCUCGCCCCUCCUCAAUCCCUGGGGAACGACCGGUCCGCCCUGCGCGCAACAGUUCGCCGCACCAGCUGGCUCGCACGCGCAACGAGGGACGCAUCCGAUCGCCCAGCCACAACAGCAGCAGCAGCAGCAGCAGCAGCAGCAGUCGUUCUUUGCUGCUGCGCCGGCGAGAGCGGGACGGGGCAGCGCUGGAUCGUUGCAGGCGAGUCCGAUCGGGAGGAGCGUACCGAGAGGGGAGGGGUUGAUGGCCUCGCCUAUGCACUGA